GUUGACGCAGAAUGUCAAAGUUCACAGGGUAGACAGAGGUCGUGUUAUGCUUGUAGCCUAAAACUUGUAUUAGCGGCAUCACAGUAAUGUAAUGGCUCUUUUAGGUUUCUUCAUGAGGAGGCAGUUGCCACAGGCUCUGUCACACUUUGUCCGCGCUGUAAGGCUACCUCGGGCCCCGGCCACAGUCUCCGCCUCGUUGCGAAGGCUCCACGGCCCGGUCCGGCUGCGACAGGGCGAGAAGGGACCGUGGAACCGGAGCCGCACUCCCGACCAGCACUAUCAGCUCACCGACCUCGACAAAGCAGAUGCGCUGAUGUUAAGGAAGUCACACGAGACAGGAUUUCUCUCGUGGUUUCGCAACGGGCUUUUGGCUACUGGAAUUGGAGUCAUAGCUUUUGUCCAAAGUGAAGUAGGACGAGAGGCUGGAUAUGCCUUCUUCAUCCUCGGAGGCGUGUGCGUGUCUUUUGGCGGCGCCUCGUAUCUUGGCAGCUUGUUUGCCUUGCGGAGGAUGAUGCUCCUGUCUGUGCCAGCUCUCCUGCUACAGGGUGCAGUAGUGAGCAGUGUGGCCCUCUUCUGGCUGUGUGCAGUAUCGCUGUAUAUCGGGAGACUGGAGGUGGAAAUCAUUCACGAGGACGAUGAGGAGGAGUGCAGGGAGUGUCGGGAGAGACGGGAGCAGAGGGGUUACCGGGACAACCGCAGUCUAGAGACUGAGGACAGUGACAGCAAAGGGCCGGACAAAUAGAGCUGUGCUUUGGAUGCAGUGUGCAUGACUAAUGACUAGAGUAUCUUAAAGUAUGCACGGGCUGACAAUACUGACAUCCCAGUAACAUCUUUCCAAGUCCAACCCACAAAUGGAUAAAAAAAACCAAAAAAACACUGCAAACAAAAUCACCUUAUUGUUCGUCAGGGAAAAAAAAUUAUAAUUUAAAGCAGUUAAUAAAAUACAGUAUUUAUUUAAGAAAUCAAAAUAUUUUACUAUAGUUCUUGUUUUGGGUGAUUUAAAAUUAAGCUUUGCUCCAGUCAGCUGUAAAGCUCUGCAUCCCAUUGAAUUCAGUUGCAGUUUACUACUUUUACCACCAAUUAUAAAGUGUAAAUCUGUCAAAUCCUUGCACAUUCCAGGACCCAUGCCCAGACGUAAGAUCUCAUUAGAUGACACCAGUGAGAAAGAUGUUUGUGAGAUGCCAGUAUGUAUAUCCUGUAUGGUUUGUGGUGUGUGUGUGUGUAUGUAUGUAUGCGGGCCGAGUGUGACAAGCCUAUUUAAAUGGGAUUGUUUGGCUCAGAAGGUCAGACAACCUCUUACAAACAUAUUUUCAAAGCUGCUUAAUUUCAGUGAAUUCUUUUUAAAGCUUUACCUUCUUUUCUCUCACUGAAAACAUGUUUACAGUUUAAGGCACUGUAUGCCCACAUGCUGGUGAGUGGUCGAUGCUUGGCUUAUGAUUUUCUGUUCAAUAUUGUAUAAAUGUGAUGACUACUUGAAGUUUUAUAGAAAAAGGAUGGUAAAAUGCUGAAGUCAUUUGAUCAAUAUAGGCUCAUUAAGGGCUCAUGGACAUUCAUCAGUGAAACAUUUUAUAUUACUUUUGGCAACAACACUUUUUAGUAUUUUUAUUAGAAAAAUAUUUCCUGUUUUGGUUUGAUUAUUCUUCACAUUCUAGAAUUUGAUGCCAUAAAUUCAGAUGGAGGGCAGGGGCAUACAGGAUACAACUCUGUGGGAGAUGAGAAAUAUCCAAAUGAUGAUCCACAAACCUUAUUAUUUGCUGGAGAUUGGGUCCACAAAUGGACCAUAUUAAUUUUAUGGCUUAAAGUUCUUGCUGCCAGUAAUAACGGAUUUGGUGUUGAAAAAUGGUCCCACUUUCUAAAGCCUUUGUGAAAAAAUUAUUUUGUUUAAUAAUGCAAAAAGAGAACUCAUUGAACUUUGUGCCACUUUUUCAUGUGGAUAAUUAAAGAAAUAUCAACCAUGAACCAGGUCAACAAAUCUGCAAUUGGACUGUUAAAUAGCAAAUUCCAUCACAGAAUUCUGACCUGUCUUCCAACUAAAUAAAUAGGCAUUAUAGAAGUUGGUGAUGUGAUGAGUGCAGGACUUUUGUUAUGUAUAUUCACAAUUGUUCUGCAUUCUUCUUGUAUAUAAUAAAAUGAAUUCCUGAAAA